AUGAAGCUUUUUCUGAGUUUCUUAGCACUUAAUAUAUUGUUUCUGUUCACAUACUCUGCUCCCCUAAUGUGCUACUCAAGAGUGGUCGCUCUGGGCAAAGAGAUCACAGAAUCUUACAAAACUCUGCAGAAGAGUUUACCUGCUGGACCAUGCAUGGAUUCUCUUCCAACUCUGUACUUGGACAUACAUAAUUCAUGCGUAAUGACAAAACUACGCAACUUUGUCACAGCUCCAAAAUGUGGAAGAGUACCAGGGGUAAAUUUUUAAUGAGGAAAGCAAGAAAUCUGUACAAUAUCAUGAAUAAAGCUUGUAAAAAAGACUUGGUCUUCUAUACUGAUGAUUGUGAAGCUCUUGAGCAUAUGCCAACUCCAGCACCCACUGCAGUCGUUUCAAGAUACAGUGUUCGACACUGA